AUGGAUGGAAAACAACAAAUUGAACACAUUUUUUUAAGGAAGAACAUCAAAUAUCGAAUAAGUUACCGUGUUCGAUUAAUUGCUUCAGUUGAUUGUAUUCGCUUUCUUGUACGACAAGGUCUUGCAUUUCGUGGUCAUGAUGAGUCCCAAGAGUCUAAUAUUCAAGUUGAUGAAUCUCGUGAUGUAUCCAUAAAGGAACAAAUGGUUGUAAUGUUUCGUUAUGUGGACAAGAGAGGGUGUGUGAUUGAGCGAUUCAUCGGUAUUGAACAUGUUCCUAAUACCACUACGAUCUCACUUAAGAUAGCAAUUGAUAAGUUGUUUUCAAAGCAUGGGUUGAGCAUAUCCAAAUUACGAGGUCAAGGGUAUGAUGGAGCUAGUAACAUGAGUGGAGAGUUUAAUGGUUUGAAAAGUACUUUUCUCACCGUAGUGUCUAAUGUGGUGAAUGUUGUUGGAGCCUCAUCUAAGCGUCAUGACAUUCUUCGGGAAAAACAAGCUCUCAAAGUCAUCUAA